CGGCGCAACAAUCCACGUCAUUCCAGCGCAGCCGCAGUGGAGUGUUACCGGUGAGCUGAGCUGUACUUCUUCUCUUCGGUCGGUGUGGAAGGAGCGGUGCAGUCCAGCAGCUGGAGCUCAGCAGCGACGACGAAACCUCUCAGACAGCCUCUCAGACACCACGAUGAUCCGGAUAGCCGCCUUCCUCGCUCUGCUGGUGGUCGCCUGCUCGGGAGAGAGCUGCACAGACCCAGUGAUCACUCCAUCGGCCUACACCACCUCUGACGCCGUCAUCUCCUCCGAGUCUGUCUUCAUCGUUGAACUCAGCCUGGCCUGUGCCAACGGAGCACAGACUGUGACUCUGUAUGCUGAUGUGAAUGGAAGACAGUUCCCUGUGACCAGAGGCCAGGAUGUUGGCAAGUACCAGGUGUCUUGGAGUCUUCCUCACAAACAGGCCAGCUCUGGAACAUAUCAGGUCAAAUUCUUCGAUGAGGAGUCCUACAGUGCCCUGCGCAAGGCCCAGAGAAACAAUGAAGAUGUGAAUGCCAUUCAGCCUCUCUUCUCCGUCAACAUUGACCACAGGGGUGCGUGGAGCGGCCCAUGGGUGUCUACUGAGGUGGUGGCUGCCCUCAUUGGUAUCCUGGUCUAUUACAUGGCCUUCAGUGCCAAGAGCACCAUCCAGGCAUAAACAGAUCCACAGUCAGUUUUUUCAACCACUGUAUCGUUAAAGACUGAAUUCUGGUGGAGCUCGAUUAACAAUCCAUCAUCCAGUGUUGUGGCAAGCCAACAGAAUUUUGCCGCUUGAUCUGCUAUGGGAUGAGGAGCAAGAGUAGCAGUCUUUGUAUUGUUUUUAUUCAGACUGUGUCUGUAUGCCAUCUGUCUUAUCACUUUACAGAUGAAUUUUGUCACGAGUUUGUCCUGUCAGUAUGGAUGGAAUUUUGUAAUUUUUUUGGUAAAACCAGACAAAUAAACCUGGACCACAUAAAUAAAGAAAACAAAAAUAGAUUUGUGUACUGUAUUCAGUCGUGCUUAAAAGAUGUCAAUACAUCCAGACCAGAUUAUCCUUUGUCCUUCUGUCUGGAUACAUCGGCCAGAGUGGGAUUUGUACAGAUGUGCUGAACACCAACAGAGAAAGGUCAAGCCUUCUUUGCAUAUGAAAUGUCAAUAAUGUGACGGCACGGGCUGGCCUGAACAGGCCUAGUGUUUGUGUGUUCUCCAGUAAAAUUAAUAAAUGGCUUGUUUUUCUUCUA